AUGGCUGAUGAAAAGGGUAUUCCAAAUCUUGAACGUUCUCUCUCUACCCCAUCAGAGAAACUUAUCGACGGUCCAAAGGGUGACAAUCUUGAUGCCCAAAAUGUUACUAUCAGUAUUGACAAGAAGCUACUGAUCGAUUUACAGCAGCUUUCAAUUGGGCCUAUUAUCAGUGAAGCUCAUUAUUCUGUGGUUUACCAAGGAUUAUAUAAAUCCCUGCCUGUUGCGAUAAAAGUUAUACAGCCAGAGAAAUCCUCAAAUGUAAGUCCUGAGAGGAAGGUGAAAUUUGAGAGGGAAAUUACGAUGCUAUCUAGAGUGAAGCAUGACAGCAUUGUGAAGUUUAUUGGUGCCUCCACGGAACCAGCGUUGAUAUUAGUCACAGAGUUAAUGAAAGGUGACACACUUCAGAAGUACCUGUGGAGCAUCCGACCACAUUGUCCGGAUUUCAACCUUUCUCUAAGUUUUGCAUUGGGAAUUUCUCGGGCAAUGGAGUAUUUGCAUGCAAUUGGCAUCAUUCACCGUGAUCUGAAGCCAAGUAAUCUACUCCUCACAGAAGACAAGACAAGAAUUAAACUAGCUGACUUUGGGUUAGCUAGGGUGGUGGCAGAAACUGAAAUGACCGCAGAAGCUGGUACAUACCGCUGGAUGGCUCCUGAGUUAUUGUACACAGAACCAGCUGAUUAUGGGGUGAAGAAGAAACACUACAAUCAUAAAGUAGAUGUCUACAGUUUCUCGAUGGUUCUAUGGGAGCUACUCACCAACGACACUCCAUUCAAGGGAAAAACCGACAUAAUGGCAGCGAAUGCUACAGCUAAAAAUUUAAGGCCUAGCACGGAUAACAUUCCUAAGGACAUUGUACCUCUCAUUAGCUCCUGCUGGUCGGAGGAUCCAGCAGAUCGACCAGAAUUUGCGCAAAUAUCAGAUAUCCUUGCAAACAUCCUUGGCGAUGCAUAUAUUCAGCAGACGAUAACGCCAAAUCUUUCUGAGGGGAAGCAGCCUGCUGCAUAUACUCCGCAAACGAUAACUCCAAAUCUCUCUGACAAGGAUCAAUCUACGAGCGAAGAGAUUGCUAAUUCUUCUGGCACCAACAAUUUGAUGGAUAAGAGUGCAGAAAAUAAGAAGAAGAAAAGCAAGAGUUGGUUAUGCUGUUUCAAGAGUGGCUACAAUGACAAUCUCCAAUAAAUGCAGUAGCUUUUCACUGGUCAAGGUAAAUGUAGAUAAUUGAUGCAAGAUUACAAGUCCUGCCUCUGCCAAUUUUGCUAUAGUUAGGAUAUACAGAAAGUAUAGAUUACGCUUCAAAGCAUAUGUUGUCCAAAUACACCAUCAUUCUUGACAUUGUACAGAAAGCAACAGCAUGGAAUCUUGUAAAGAGAAAAACAGAAAAAUAAGGACAAGAGUAUAGCUCACAUCAACUUAACAACUCGCUAUCUCUUGCGUAUGCAUUCUCCGCUGUAUUUCUGCAGUUAUACAAAACAUAAUACUAAGUGUGAUU